GAGAGGAGGCUGUGCUCGGGGUGCGGAAGAGUCAGUGCGCGGCGAGGCGCGCCAGCUGCCGCACGUCAUGAUUCUACCCCAGAACAACCUGACAGACGGGGAAGAAGAUCUGCCCGAAGACAGUUUCUCGCUGUUGUCGGUGCUUCUAGUUGGUUCGCUAAACUUCCCAUUUGAUCGAUCGCGACUCGCCCCUCGAAGACAACCCUCUGGGAGGCCCUUCACUCGAAAACUUUGAUCUAAGCUCGCUAGAUGUAUCCCUCUGUUUCCUUUCCUGCUUCAUCCUCUGUUCCAUCUCUCACUGUCUUCUGUUUUUUCACGCCUUUCGUAUUUUCUCCCGCAUCAAUUUCGCUUUCUCGCUUACUUUUCGCAAAAAUGAAAUAUCAUCGGAUCGUUUCUAUAUCAAGCAUUCAUGAAUCUCCUUUUUGUUGCUUUUGUAUGGUAAAAAAAAAAGCGUCCGAUACCAUCAUACAUUCGAUGCACCUCGACUCAGCUCUUCGAGGGGAUUUCUCUUUCUGGUCUUGAUAUUCUUAUCCGUGGCGGGCAACAUUUUAGUCUGCGUGGCAAUUUACACGGACCGCGGUUUACGGAGAAUAGGAAAUUUAUUCCUGGCCUCCCUCGCUAUCGCCGACCUGUUUGUCGGUUGUCUGGUUAUGACAUUUGCCGGGGUGAAUGAUCUUCUCGGCUAUUGGGUAUUUGGACCGCGAUUCUGCGACACCUGGAUCGCUUUUGACGUUAUGUGCAGCACUGCCUCUAUUCUGAAUCUUUGCGCAAUCUCUCUCGAUCGUUACAUACAUAUAAAGGAUCCGCUUAGAUACGGUCGUUGGGUGACAAGAAGAGUCGCGGUUGCUGGAAUCGCUAUCGUAUGGUUGCUCGCAGGACUCAUAUCCUUCGUGCCAAUCAGCCUAGGCCUUCACCGAGCAGAUGAGCCCGUAAUGUAUGAUGAUGGUAAAGAGGAACAUCCUACGUGCGCCUUAGACCUUACACUCACCUACGCGAUAGUUUCCUCUUCUAUAUCUUUUUACGUGCCCUGCAUCGUAAUGCUGGGGAUUUAUUGCAGGCUCUAUUGCUACGCACAGAAACACGUGAAAAGCAUCCGUGCAGUAACGAAACUGCCGGAUACCUCAAUGGCCAAGAGUUUUCGUGCGAAAAGUACUCGCAACAAACCACCAAAGCCGCAAACAAAAACGAAGCCGACAAGUCCUUAUCAUGUGUCUGAUCAUAAAGCCGCUAUAACAGUGGGUGUAAUUAUGGGUGUUUUCUUGAUAUGCUGGGUACCCUUUUUCUGCGUAAAUAUCGUCGCUUCAUAUUGCAAGACCUGCAUAUCAGUCCGAGCAUUCCAAGUACUCACUUGGCUCGGCUACAGCAACUCGGCCUUCAAUCCGAUCAUCUACAGCAUCUUUAACACAGAGUUUCGAGAAGCGUUCAAAAGAAUUCUUACAAAGGGUGCGCGAGCCCGAGGAAACCAACCGUCGACUAGCGAAUGCGGAGAAUUUCGAUCCGUGGUUGUACAAAAACGAAACGGGUCUAUGAUCGAAUGUAAUAUUAGUCCAAGAUCAAGCGCGGACAGUUGUCAAGUCGGAAUGAUGGCGCAAAGACAUCGCGAUACUAUCGUCAGUGCGAUAUAAUCAGACUCGAAUUUCUCCCUUCAGAUUUAUCGAUCUUCCUAUCGAACUUCCUAUCGCAUUUCGCCUUCCUGCGCAUUUCGCGAAUCUAAAUACAGUUAAAAGAUUUUCCAUCGCGGUCAUUAAUCCUAUGUAAGUGAUUUCAUUAAUAACACGUUGACUGCCACGCGAAUUUUAUAUAUUUUGCUCUUUAAAUAUACUAUAUACUUAAUUUUUGUAAAAUAUUGUAUUUGUGCAUUUUUUAUCUAACAGUGUUAUCUAAAUUAUUCAUAUUGUUGAAAAUUUGUUAGUUCCUAAAAUUUAUCUUAUUUUAAUCAUUCGAAAAAAUUUGAUUACAUGCGUCAUCGAUAACCAUCGUGGCAAUCAACAUGUUAAUAAAACCAUGUCGGAAAUAUUAUAUCCCUCCUGUCGUCAGUCUUGCGCGUGGCACUCUACGUUCUUGGUACGAAUUUUUCGGUCGAAUCGAAGAGCGUUACAUGAACAUAUCCAUAUAUAGUAGUUACAAAAAGUACCUUUAUUUUUCAUUUUCAUUUUCACAGUAUCACUUUUUUUUCUUUUUUUUUUGUAGUCAUAUGAAAGUACUAUUAAAUGAUACAAAAUUUACUAUACCUAAACCUAAUUAAUUAGUAUGUAAAUGCUAUAAUAGAUACAAUGGUGUAAAAAUACUUUUUAUAGCCACUGUAAUUUUUCAAGUUCCCAUAAUGGUAACAGGUGGAAUAAAAAUUACAAUCAUCUAGAACAGUAAUCGUAACUGUCGUUGUCAACUUCAACGUUAAACUUUACUGUUUCAUUAUACAGAAAAUGUAUUACAAAAUCUGCAAAUGCUUUUCGAGAUAUCGAAUUCGUUGACUUAUCGAGUUCUCCUCGACAGAUAUUCCACGUAUUUCUCAUAUCAUCUGCAACAAACAACCAGAUUUAAACCACGUACUUUACGCAUAAAAUAUCUCGAAAUAAUAUAGAUUUUAUCGCCAUGAGCAACAGUCACCAAGUAACAGUACGUUCCCUUUCUUUUCCUUUCCCCUCUCACGCCAAACAGAAAAAGGUUACAUGUGGAUUUUUUUUGCUGAAUAUUUUUCUUUUAUCCAUGGUGAAAGGGGAAGAGAAUUUAUCGAUAUAAAUGGACGGUUAAGAAAAAAUAUUUACUUAAAGACAAUCACCAAAAGGUAGUUCAAAACAUAUCCGUGAGACAUAAUCUGCUCUUACACUAAAAGGAAUAAACACGAGCUAUCAAAAAAAAAAAAAAA